AUGACCACCUCAAGCACCCACGUUCUCAGCGAUUCGAUUCUCGGUCAUCUGGAGGCGGCACGACAGGCUUUCUGGCAAGCCAACGCGCACUGGCCGGAGGAUCAGUUACGUGCUGCAUGGUCUCAGCAAACGACAGGUCUGGCCUCGCGACUAGGGAGUGAUUCGAGGACGACUGGAGGCAAGGGAAUCGAGGACUCUUCUACGGGGCUGGCGCUGCCUGUGGAUCAGAUGGCACUGGCUCUCAACAACUCGGACGGUCGGAUAGGAAAAAUACAGGCACCGAACAACAUCGCUCCGGCAAUGUCUCGAAGAGGUAUCAGCAUGGACACCCGGCAACCCACGACGUCCUCGUGUCAACAGGACUCCAACGGCAAGCGGACUCACCAACAAAUGCAGAAGUCUCACUCGACAUCUGGCGCCUACGGCUCGACAACCUGGACUGGCUCGACGUCUGCUCAACAGCAGCUACAACAACCAUCACAUCAAUUCACGGCGUACAAGCCGCAUGAAUUCGUUGCUCAGCUCCAACGCAGCUCCAACAACUCGCACAACGCUGCGAAGCGCCAGAGAGUCGAGGCGUACAAUGGCUCACACCAUUACGCCACCUCUCAGGUCGCCUGCCAGUACAACGUAUCGCCCAGUGACUUGUCGACUCCGUCACUGAUCGACUCAGAUGACUCAAUGAGCCGACAGAGUAGUAUGAGGAGUGCUUUGUCCUUUGAUGACAGCACCGACACGUUGCGGUUUGAACCUUUCUUUUCAAAUUGUUCUGAUGACUUGCAAUACCAUAUGGGCAAUAUGGAUGCGUCUUUUCUUUCCUGUGCUGUUGAGAAGCCGGUGGACAGCAGCGCUGUCACCGGCUUCGAUCAAAGUACUACUGCAGACUGGCUAGGUAGUAUGGGAUGCUCACUCGAGUAUCCGCAAGAGCUUUCCUUUUCUGAGUCGUUGUGUCAAGUUGGUACGGUUGACGGCCAAGGCCUUGAAGACAACUCAGCGUGGCCCGACUGCUCGAGCCAGGAAAUGAAGCGCAGCACAUCGGACCCCGGCUCAACGACCACCACACCUCCCACCGAUCCCAAAGCCAACGAACGCAGCCGCAAGCACAUCGAAAACGCCACCCGACCCCUCGCCUCCAAAUGCAACCCCCACGGUCCCGUCUCCAUCUCCCGGUCUCACCCCGACCCCCAACCCCGGCCCCUCCGCCCGCAACUCCAACAAAAAGAACCCAUCGCCAAAGCACCCUACACCCGGCCCCAACACCCCAAACUCCACUGCGACCUCUGCACCGCCCACCCCUCCGGCUUCCGCGGCGAGCACGAACUCCGCCGCCACCACGAACGCGCCCACGCCUCCCUCCGCCGCGUCUGGAUCUGCGUCGACCCGGACACCGCCACUGCAGAAGGAUGGCGCCCGACGCGGCCGCUGGGGAUCUGCAAGCAGUGUAAUCAGCGCAAGGAGUAUAACGUUUACUACAACGCUGCUGCGCACCUCCGACGAGCGCAUUUCUGUCCGCGGAAGCGGGGACGGAAGGCGAGGGGGGAGGAGAGGGAGAGUAGGGCCGGCAAGGCCGGGGGGGAUUGGCCGCCGAUUGAGUGGUUGAAGAUGAAUGGGUGGUUGAAGGAGAUUGAAGUCAGUGCUGUGGAGGACCGGGACUUCGCCAACGACGACGUCCAGGAACUCGAGGAUGGUGGCUUCGAUGGUAAACUCGACUAUGGGUUUGAGCCUGCCGUCGGCACUUACCACGACACCAUCUCAGCCGACAUGCUGAACAUGUCCUGCUACCCGCAGGUCACCACCGACUUCUCCCUCGGCUACCCGACACCCAUGCUCGACCAAGCGAUACCGUGGCCUACAGACUCCUAUUCGAACUGCGGUCUCCAAGCUCCGGCGAUGGAGCACUCGCUCAGCGCGCCUGCUGCGCUGAAUAGCGGGAUGAUGAUGUAUAAUUGCGACGGCAGCGGCAGCUACUACCAGUGUUGA